AUGUUCAUCACACAUCCCAGACCGAAAAAGUCAAUCUUGCCCACGCUGCCCAAGAAGCGAAAGAUUGCCCACGCGGUCGAAGAAGUCAACUUUGAUACCGAUGCGCGGCAGGAGUAUCUCACCGGAUUUCACAAGCGCAAGUUGCAACGCAUCAAGAGGGCACAAGAAGAGUCUGCAAAGCGGGAGAAGGAAGAAAAGCUAGCGACUAGGAAACAGAUUCGCGAGGAAAGGAAACGAGAGGUAGAGGAGCAUGUCGACCACGUAAACAAACUACUCAGAGAAGCGGCGCGGGCUGGAAAUGUGAGCGACCAGGACGGUUCCGACGAGGAGAAUCAAGAAUGGCAAGGAUUGCCAGAUGGCCCAACAGACGAGCCAUUAGACCACGAAGAGGAAUACAUUGACGAGGACAAGUAUACAUCAGUAACUGUGGAAUCUGUCAGUGUGUCGCGGGACGGUCUACACAAGCCUGAAGAGGAACCCGAUACGGAAGACGAAGCAGAAAAGGAGCGAAGGGAAGCCUUGGCCAAAGCCGCCAACGAGAAGGAAAAGGCUCGUCCCAAAAAGACGAAGAAGCAGAAAUUCCGAUACGAGUCAAAGUUUGAUCGGUCGAUUGCGAACAAAAAGCAGAAGAUUAAAAAGCUGAAAGCGAGGUCAUAG